GCAAGGCGCACAAUUAUCCACUAGAGAGUUGGCGCGCGCGAAGUGCGGGCCAUGAUUAUAUAGUACAUGUGCUUCUGCAUAUGGCCGCCUGGUGGAUGUACCGUUCUCUAUCAGCCGCCCAGCGUUCCCUUCCUCCCUGUUGCGCUCUGCCGUCUAAAAAUGGCCCUGCUCAGGCAAUUUCGGACUUCGUUGUGGUUGUCAAUGGCGAGCUCCACCAGCAGAAGGCCGACGUGGGGGAGCCGGAGAAGAUCCUACGUCGCGGGGACUGGCUGGAGCCGAGCGACUUCGAGGAGCAGGCCCCAGUGCAGAUGGCAAAGCGGAAGAGCUUGAGGAGCCAGCGGGUUCUCCAGCAAAAGGAGAUGCCGAAUCAUGCCAAGAGCACCGAUUCGCUGGCCGUCGAGGACUCGGUCGUGGUGGGCCCUUCAGGAGUUAGGCUAGCAAGAUUGUCUGCCGAGUCACUGCGCGGCGUCUUGCAGGAGCUCGGCGUGGUGCCCGUGUCGUGCUCCAGUGAAACAAUCGAGAAGGCGCGCCGCAUGCUUCGCGCCAAGAAGGUGCCGCUGCUCCACCACUUGCCUGACGCUCAGGUGGAGUCCUUGCUCGAGAGUUUCAUCGUGAUACGGCAGCCGAAGGACGCCAUCAUCUUCGAGCCGGGCUCCGUGGCCACUGACUUUUGGAUCAUCGCCGAGGGCGAGGUGGAAGAGG